CAGGCUUUUGGUAUCGUAGGGCUGCCCCCGAGCGACUUGUCCAUAUAAGAGAUGAUCCUCACGCAGUGCGCCGUCUGCGCCACCGAGCUUGGGCGAACCUUGGGCAAGAAAUGCGGCCGCUGCAGCACGCGCUACUGCGGCGCCGAGUGCCAGGUGCAGCACUGGAAAGACGGCGGCCACGACACGCUCUGCAAGAAGAUUAAAAAGGCUGGUGGCGCCGAACAAUACAACGCAAAUAAGAAGUACGCGGCGGCCGUCGCGGUCGCGGCCGAGAAAUGCGCCGAGGACACGAAGGGCCAGACGUGCUACAUCUGCACGCAGGCGUUGCAUUGGAAGACGAAGGAGGGCCUCGUGCGCGGGUGCUCGUGCCGCGGGACGGCGGGGUUUGCGCACGUGUCGUGCUUGGCGGAGCAGGCGAAGAUUUUGAUGGACGAGGCCGAGUAUAACAAUUUGGACUCGAAGGUGAAGAGGUGGAUGCGGUGGCACACGUGCGGCCUGUGCGAGCAAGACUACCACGGCGUCGUGUAUUGCGCGCUCGGAUGGGCGUGCUGGAAGACAUACCUGGGGCGGCCGGAGACGGACCAAGCUCGGUGCCUGGCGAUGAACGUGCUUGGGAACGGUUUAAGUGAAGCACGCCACGACGAGGAGGCGUUGUCCGUGUACGAGGCCGAUUUGGCUACGAAGCGGCGCCUUGGCGCAUCGGAAGACAGCAUUCUCGUCACGCAGACAUGUAUUGCGAACUUGCAUGCGAGGCUUGGACGAAACGAACAGGCCUCAAACAUGCUUCGAGAUGUAUACUCUGGACGGGUGAGGCUCAAUGGCGAGGAACAUGAAGAGACCGUCAUAGCAGCCCUCAACUACGCAUCGUCCCUUGGUGGUCUAAAGCGCUUCGAAGAAGCCAGGUCACUGCUGCGCCGAAUAAUUCCCGUGGCGCGGCGCGGUCUCGGAGAGAAUAAUGACAUCACGCUCAGGGUGAAGUUUACUUACGCGCUGGCGCUCUACAACGACACCGGCGCGACGCUCGACGAUCUCCGCGAGAGCGUGGCGACGCUUGAAGAGACGGAACGGACCGCGCGGCGCGUUCUGGGCGGCGCGCACCCGAUUGUACAGGCGAGUGAGCGCAGCUUGGAAAACGCGCGUGCCGCGCUCCGCGCCCGCGAAGGCGACGUCGACGCCCUCCGCGACGCCGUGGCGGCGCUGGGUAAAUAAAAAUGAUUCGUCU